CGUUACAGCCUACAAAAAAGGAAAACAAAAAGGGGCAAAGGAAAAAAAAACCCACUAAAAAGCUGUGUUCGUUCUUCACUCUUCCCUCAGUGCUGUCUUACCUUGUGCAGAGGCUUCAGAGGUGUGAACACAUCCUGUUUACAUCUGCCACUCAGACAGAGAUGCUGAGGGGAGCACAGGGCUGAAGGAGCAGUAAGAGGCAACACUGUGCAUGGGGAGAGUCACCUGCAGUGGGAGACGGCCACAGCAUGGAUGCACUGCCCAUCUACCAUGGCGGCAUCACCCGUGAGUCUGGGGAGAAGCUGCUGCUGGCAGCAGGCACUGAUGGCAGCUACCUGCUGCGGGACAGCGAGAGCAUCCCGGGAGCCUACUGCCUCUGUGUGCUGCAUCAAGGUUAUGUUUAUACCUACAGACUGUCCAAGACAGAAACUGGGUCCUGGUGUGCUGAGACAGCACCUGGCGUCCACCGGAGGCACUUUCGGAAAGUGCAUAACCUCAUUUCGGCCUUCCAGAAACCUGACCAAGGCAUCAUAACGCCUCUGCAGCACCCCGUCAUCAACCACGCGAAAGCCAAAUACCCUCCUGGUACUCAUGGGGCAAAGGGAGCAUUGGCUGUGGCUGAGCAGAGCCCUACAUGGCGGUAGGGAUGGAGCUCUUAGAUUUUGCAUCUUUGACCUGAGCUAGCCAGCAUUGACAGAAAUACGUCACAACUUUGCUACCACAUGAUUGAAGUGCUGGCACCCAGGUGCUCAUUAGGGAUAGGGCCUGUCAAUGUGAUGAGAAAAUGGGUUUUGAAUAUGUAUUCCUGAGUGCUAUACUGGUUUUAGAUACCUUCCCUCCCCACAAUCCUCCCUCUUGUAGGUACAAACCUUCUGAUUUUUGUGCAGUGUUCAUCCUUUCAUAUUUUUGUGGUUAUUUU